AUGAGCGUAUGUCGCCCUGUGCCCCCGCUGCGCUGGACGGAGCUGGUGGGCGUGCCUGACGCCUGCAGCACUGCCUGGCACAACCCGGGACGGUGCGCGUGGACCAGCCUUCGUGCCCCUACGCGCCGCGGGCCCCAAGCGCGCUUCUCCAGCCCCGGGGUCCGCGCCAGGCUCGGCGGCGGCUCUCCGGCGGCCGUCCUCCAAUCCCGGUCCCGGCGCGCCCUCUGCCGGCCGCUCCCGGAGGCGCCGGCGCCGCCUUCCUCGCCGUCCUGCCACCUGCGGCUUCCUCCGCCCGCCCCACCCCUCCGGCCCUGUCCGAGGCGACAGUUCUGUGUCCCCGCGCAGCCGGCACCGCGGGUAGAAGAAGAGAAAAAAAGCGGGAGAACAAUUAAAUCAAGAGGCAAGGCCGCGAGGGAUGCAGAAACGACCACUCUCCCUCGGACUGUUAAGGACCCGUGUACCUGUGUCCAGCCCCGAGAUCGAGGCAUUCAGAAGAGGGCAAGGCUGGAGCAAGGCGAGCAGGAGACCUCCCAGUGCAGCAGAGGAAGCACGCAGAAGUUCACUGCCUCGCCCGUCUCGUUCUCGGGUGUAAAACCAAACAAAACGCGAAAACCAACGCCUCCUUCACUGUGGCCCUUUGCGGCUCCUGCAGAGAAGAAGAUGUGCGGUGUCGAAUGGAGACGCUGUUUGAAAGAUUUCAGAGCCGGUGCCAAAUCCUCCUGGCGACACAGGUCUCCUCGCAGCCCAAACCAGAGCUUCCGCCCUCUCCCCUCUAACACCUGCUCGCUCGCGCUCUCUCUCUCUCUCUCUCUCUCUCCUCGGCUGCUCCAGAAAGUGCCCCAGACCCCGCGGCCUUCUCUUCGCCCGUCGACUCUUCCGCGGCCUUUGCCUCCGUCUUCCCCUCCUUCCAAGCUCUGCUAGGACUGCCAGAUCCUUGACCUUUUCUCUGCCCUCUGCCUGUCUCCUUGUCCCAUCUGCCGCAUCGGAUAUUAUUUACACGUCCUUCUUGGAACUUC